GGAGGUUAGCAAGUGUUUAUUAGCUGGGCAGGCCGAGGUCUACAGCGGGGAAAAGACUUGCCGGGUUUCCCCAGCGAGGCAGGGCCACAGCCGGGGCCAGAACGGGGGUACCUUCUCCCAAUCCGGAGGUCAAGCAAGAGCUGCGCCAGCCCCACGACAAACCCCGCAGGACACAGUGACGUGGCACCACAGAACGCGCGGCGGCGCCCAGAUAGAGCCACCACCCCACCACUUCCGCCCCUCAGCAACAUGGCGCGUGGCCUGCCCCGGAUUGGACACUAAUGGCCGCCCCCGAAUAGUGUCGCCCGCAGGUGGCCGGCCUGGGGAACCCUGGACUGCCCGGCACGCGGCACAGCGUGGGGAUGGCGGUGCUGGGGCAGCUGGCGCGGAGGCUAGGUGUGGCGGAGAGCUGGGCGCGCGACCGGCGCUGUGCCGCCGACCUCGCCCUGGCCUCGCUUGGGGAUGCCCAGCUGGUCCUGCUGCGGCCUCGGCGGCUCAUGAACGUCAACGGGCGCAGCGUGGCCCGGGCUGCGGUAACCAGGGCCACCGUUUGCCUGUGCCAAGCGGAGCUGUUUGGACUGACUGCUGAGGAGGUCUACCUGGUGCAUGAUGAGCUCGACAAGCCGCUGGGGAAACUGGCUCUGAAGCUGGGAGGAAGUGCCAGGGGCCACAAUGGAGUCCGCUCCUGUAUCAGCUGCCUCAACUCCAAUGCAAUGCCACGGCUGCGGGUGGGCAUUGGGCGCCCGACACACCCGGACACAGUGCAGGCCUACGUGCUGGGCCGCUUCUCGCCCGCCGAGCAGGAGCUGCUGCCUCCACUGCUAGAGCGCGCCACCGACCUGCUCCUGGACCACAUCCGUGAGCGAAGCCAGGGGCCGUCGUCGGGCCCCUGACGCCCUUGGACUCGGCUGACCAUCGUACCCAAACACCCAGCCACGUCCACAGAGGUGCCACGCCAACCUGUGGUAUCUCUUUUUAUAUAACUCUUCUCUGGGCUGCCCCAGGCUACCUGUGGACUAAAGUGGGGACUGUGGCUGGAAUAAUCCACUUCUGGGAUAGGAGGUUGGUCUUCUCUCGUAUCCUACUUAGAAAGUAGGGAAACUUCAGAAAGACUAAACUUUUUGAACCUUUUUGGAGAACCAGAGGUAUGGAUCUGUAAGAAUAAAGAUGCCAGCUUGGAAGC